GAAAAGGUAGCUGAUAGUAGAUCCUUUGCCGGCAAAGCCCUCUUUUAUUGGAUUAUAAUGGCAAAGGCAGCUGAUCUGUUGCUCUGUGUUUCGUCAUUUUCUUUCUUAGUUAUCUUUCAUACUUCUCUGGUCGUACUAGUAGCCGUUACUAAUGCAGAUGAUCAGGUGGCUCCUAAACCUGCAGCAAUUUUCAUAUUUGGAGACUCGACUGUGGAUGUUGGCACCAACCAAUGGUUGAACAAUAGUCAUUCGAGAGCUGAUUUCUUUCCCAAUGGAGUUGAUUUUCCUUAUUCUGUUCCGACGGGGAGGUUUAGUAAUGGCCUUAACAGCGCUGACCAAAUUGUAAGACUAUUUGGGUACAAGAGAAGUCCACAACCAUUCUUGUAUUCUCUGAACCAUCAAUCCACUUUCAAAAGAGAUAUACUGCAGGGAGUUAAUUUUGCAUCAGGAGGAUCCGGCAUAUUCAACCAAACAGGAAAAAAGGACUAUGGAGAAGUUGUGGGACUGGGAGAUCAGGUCAAACAAUUUGCGACGGUUCGUGGAAAUAUCACAGAACUAAUUGGUCUUGGGGCAACUGAGAUAAUGUUUUCCAAGUCUUUGUUCGUUAUUAGUAUAGGAAGCAAUGACCUGUUCGAGUUAGUGAAAUGGUAUCCAAAUAUCACUUCCUUGGCUAAGGAUGAGUACUUGGAAACUCUUAAACUCAACUACAGUAACCAUCUGAAGGACUUAUACAAUCUGGGAGCUAGAAAAUUCGGGAUUAUAAGUGUUCCUCCAAUUGGAUGCUGUCCUGCUGCACGUGUUGGACCAAAAUCGAAUGACUCCAGUGUUUGUGUAGAGGAACUAAACAAUCUUGCCUUAACAUUUCUUGCAAAAACUGAGGAUCUCCUCCAAAAAUUGAGCUCAGAGUUGAAAGGACUCAUGUACUCGCUUGGAAAUGCUUAUGAAAUGACUAUGAGUAUACUUGAAGACCCAUUAGCGUUUGGCUUCAAGGACACUCAAUCAGCCUGCUGUGGGUCAGGAAAGUUAAAUGGAGUGUUUCCUUGCUUCUUCUUACUCGGUCCCAACCUUUGUCCGAAUCGGCGGGAGGUUUUGUUCUGGGAUUUGUAUCAUCCUACGGAAUAUGCUUCCGAGCUAGCAGCACUAACCCUUUAUGGUGGAGGAACAAGAUACGUCACACCUAUAAACUUUAGUCAGUUGGUGGCUAUAAAGUAGUUUGUUAGUUCUCACACCCGACAAAAAUAAAUCAGUUUUUGUUCCGUAUAUUUCUCUUUUCAUUUCUUAUAAGAAAUAAUAAGUUUGUAAAAGUAAAAAUGAGAAAAUUCGUCUAC